UUUUGAUCGGCUGCUUCUCUUCUCGAAAAGCCCCGAACCAAACCCUAGCAGCAGUCAUGGCAAUGGGGCAGGAAGAACUCGUCCUCCGCGGCACAAUGCGCGGCCACACCGACUGGGUGACGGCCAUCGCCGCCCCCAUGGACAACUCCGACACCAUCGUCACCGCCUCCCGCGACAAAUCCCUAAUCCUCUGGACUCUCACCAAAGAGGACAGCACGUUCGGCGUGGCGACCCGCCGCUUGACCGGCCACUCGCACUUUGUCCAGGACGUCGUCCUCUCCUCUGACGGCCAAUUCGCCCUCUCCGGCUCAUGGGAUGACGAACUCCGCCUCUGGGAUCUGCAGACCGGAGACACCGCCCGGCGCUUCGUCGGCCACACCAAGGACGUCCUCUCCGUUGCCUUCUCCGCCGACAACCGCCAGAUCGUGUCGGCGUCUCGCGACAAGACCAUCAAGCUCUGGAACACGCUCGGGGAGUGCAAGUAUACGAUUCAGGGCGGCGAAUCGCAUAAAGAUUGGGUGUCGUGCGUCCGUUUCUCCCCUGACAACACCCAGCCCACGCUUGUGUCGGGGUCUUGGGAUAAGAGUGUGAAGGUUUGGAAUUUGACCAAUUGCAAGCUGCGCGCCACGCUGACUUGCCACACUGGUUACGUUAACACGGUGGCUGUGUCGCCCGAUGGGUCGCUGUGCGCGAGUGGGGGCGAGGAUGGUGACAUUUUGCUUUGGAAUUUGUCGGACGGGGAGAUGUUGCACUGCUUGGAAGCUGGCUCCAUCGUUAAUGCUCUGUGCUUUAGCCCUAAUAGGUAUUGGCUUUGUGCUGCGACCGAGUCGGGCAUCAAGAUUUGGGAUUUGGAGAGCAAGAGUGUUGUUGCAGAUCUCAAGCAGGAGAGUGAAAUGGCGACAGACGAAGCUGCCCAAACUACUGCGGGCAUAUAUUGCACCAGUCUCGUCUGGAAAGCUGAUGGAAGCACCCUUUUCAGUGGGUAUACCGAUGGUGUCAUCCAAGUUUGGGGCAUCGGCAACUCAUAAAUUUCCAGUAUUGGGAAAUUUUUUCUACUAUGUUUUGAUCACUUGGCAUUUUGUAUCCAAACUUUCGUAUCACUGUUAGGUUUCAGCUCAACUGUCCAUUCCAAUUUUAUAUACAUAAUUAUAUGUUUGGAUUUCUUCUAUGUAGUUACUCGUGUUUGAGUUUCUAUCUUAUGCACUC